AUGCUCUCUGCCCUGGAAUUGCUGGCCAUCAAUCUGGACCAGACCUGCUCUCUCCUUUGGCCGGAAAGGGCGCCCGCCAGCCCGCCGACCCCGCCAGCCCGCCAGCCCGCCAACACGCCCACCCCGCUGCCGCCCCGCCCGCUUGGAGAGCCCAGACUUUGCAGAGCCUGCUCCUGGGAUCUCUGCUCCUGUCUCAAGCUCCUGGCCGCCCUCUCCCGAUGGACAUGGAAGCCGCCUCCAGCGCAGAGAGCCCUGCUGGAGCUGCAGCGGCACCUGUGCACGGAGACAGAGCCAAGCAAGCUCUACCAGACCCUCCAGAAACUCUCUUCCCUGCCCAAGCUCCGUGACCCCCUGGCAGAGAUGAACUUCGAGCAGACCAUGAAGCUCUUGAGGAAAGAGCAGCUCCUGGUCCCCUUUGCCAAGGACUUAGCGGCCAUUUGUCCUGGCCCGAGCCCGAGCCCGAGCCCGAGCCCGGGACUUGGAGCGAGCCUGAGCCCACACACAAGGCUCCAGCGAAAGGUGACUAGCAGCCCAAGGCUGGAGCCAAGAGGAAGCAAGAGGCCAAGAGUGUCCUUAGGGGAGCCACAGCUAGCUGCACAGAACCGGGUGCCUGUGGCAAAGCCCCGAGCGAGUAGAGAGGAGCCCUGGCGGCUCCCAGCGCCCAAGGCCAUCUCCAGCGAGUCAGGUGCUGGGGGAAAGACUCCAGGCCACAGGAUGGAGGAAGGGGCCCCAGCUGAUCCUUUGGAGGCCUGCCUCAACUCUGACAGCUCUCCUCCUUCCUCUGCUCUGCAGCUGCAGCUGACUGGGUGCAAGAGGAGGGCAAAAAGCACCUGGAAAGCUGAGGAGGCCCUUAGCCCUGGAGCCAAGGUGCCCCGGGGCGAGUCCCCAAGAUCCCAAGAUCCCAAGGACACUGACACUGGCGUCCUUGCUGGGCAUCCCCUUGCACAAGAGGCUUCCAGUCUCCAAGCUGGCUUCCCGCUGGGUGGCCCGGAGCACACUGACCAAGACUCCCCGCCUUGGGCGCGCAGGACCCACUUGAAGACGCCAGUCUAUUCGGGUCCUGCACCUGCCAGGCUCCUGCAGAACUCGCAGGGAGGGCGCCUUGCUGAGCCCCUUGACCGCCCCUGGAAAACUCGCUGCCAAGACACAGCGCAAGAAAGUGAGCCCUGGUUGCAAGGGGAGGAGUCCCGUCACCAGACACACACGGGCAAGCCAAGUCACACCAAGACUCCCAGCGCCACAAUCCUCCAGCUGCAGGAGUCACCUGAGCUGAGGCUGCAAGCCCUGAGAGCCCGCCUCCAAGGCGCGCAAGCCAAGAAGCCUCCAGGCCGCCAAACCAAGAUGAUGGCCUUCCAGGCUCAAGGCUCAAGACUCUGCCCAGGCCAGCAGGCAGAGCCUGCAGCCCGAGGGGCGGCCUCCUCCGAAAUGAGCAGCCGCCAGGAGGCCUCUGCCCACCGCCCGCCAGGGAGGGCUCCCUGCCUUUGGCCGCCACAGGCCAGCAACAAGACCCAGCCUAAGAAGAGACGUGCCCCGCUCAUGGCCAAGACCCUCAGGGAUUACAAGAAGAAGCUCUCUGGGAGGUGA